CCACUGCAGCUUCACUCCGAUUUUACACAUUUAGCUACCUCGUCUGUUUCAACGCAGUCCACCGGCAGACUGUCUUUCCGCAGGAUGAUUGGACAGAAAACCAUCAGCUCGUUUUUUUCGCCCGUUUCCAAAAAGAGGAGUUUGAAUGAGUUGAACGACAAUAAGGAGGAUGUUAACGACACGAAGAAGCAGAAGUCCAGUGCGGAGGACCCGGAGCCCUGUAGCCCGUCUAAGACGCCUCUGUCCCCGGAGCAGCUGGACCGGAUCGCCCGCAACAAGAGAGCGGCGCUGGAGAAACUAGCCUUGGCUCAGACUCCGCCUGGGUUUGGAGAAACUUGGAGAGAGUCUCUGUCGGCUGAGUUUGGAAAAGGCUACUUCAAACAGUUGACGAGUUUUGUCAGCGAGGAGAGGAAACGCCACACCGUGUACCCGCCUGCAGACCAGGUCUUCACCUGGACACAGAUGUGUGACAUCCGAGAUGUCAAAGUGGUGAUUCUGGGCCAGGAUCCGUAUCACGGUCCAAACCAGGCCCACGGAUUGUGCUUCAGUGUCAAAAGACCUGUACCUCCCCCACCCAGCUUGGAGAACAUGUACAAAGAACUGGCCUCAGACAUUGAAGGCUUCCAGCACCCUGGACAUGGUGACCUGACUGGGUGGGCCAAACAAGGCGUGCUGUUGCUCAAUGCUGUGUUGACCGUCAGAGCGCACCAGGCCAACUCCCACAAAGAUAGAGGCUGGGAGACGUUCACCGACGCCGUCGUGCAGUGGCUCAGCAAAAACCAGGAGGGACUUGUGUUCAUGCUGUGGGGAUCAUAUGCUCAGAAAAAAGGAGCUGCUAUAAACCGGAAACACCACCACAUCCUGCAGGCUGUGCAUCCUUCUCCACUGUCUGCUCAUCGUGGCUUUUUUGGCUGCAGGCACUUCUCAAAGGCCAACGAGCUCCUCCAGAAAUCUGGAAAAUCACCUGUGGACUGGAAGGCACUUUAAGUUGUCCUACAUGUUAAUUUUUCUAGCAUGUAACGACAGACAUCAACCCAUCCAUAAGCUAUGUCAUAGCAAUCAUAUGUUCUACUUUCUGCUAACUACAAGUGUUCAUGUUUGCAGUUUGUUCUAU